ACUCCGUCAUCGCCGAUACUUAGUAAGUCUUCACGCUGUGCCUUUGCAACCCCCCGACAGCUGCUUUGGAUCAGCGUUUUCGCGUGCACGAUGCUGAAGACUCUGAACCGCAGCCCGUGGACCUGCCAGCAGUGUCUGCGGCGUCUGCAGCACGUUCAGUCGCGGCGAUCCUUCGAGACUGCGGCGACAUCUGCCGUCAGGUCGUUAUCCGAAGACCACGCGCCAGCAGACAGCUCUGUGGACAGGCGCCAUGAUGACGAUGUGCUACGGAAGGUGUUCGACUCGCGACCGUUUUGGAAAGAUUUCUCGCAGCGAGGCGCUGGUCUCUCGAAGCGCACAGGCCUGGUGCAGAACCAAUACCUCAAGAGUCCCGAAGGAUUCAGAGAGUUCGCCCAUGCCUCUCUGCAGAAAUGCCAGAGGAUAGUGGCCAAGGUACUGGCCGCGUCCACUCUGGAAGAAUACAGAUCUAUGGCGCGAGAUCUAGAUCGUCUGAGCGACCUGCUAUGUCGAGUGAUUGACUUGUCCGAUUUCAUGAGAUCUAUACAUCCCGACCGACGAGUGCAGGAGGCGGCUACGCAGGCGUAUGCGCUGAUGUUUGAAUAUAUGAAUGUCUUGAAUACGACGACUGGUCUAAAUGAGCAGCUCAAAAAAGCUGCAGCCAACCCUCUGGUUACGGCGCAGUGGACCGAGAGUGAGAAGAUGGUGGCUCAAAUAUUGAUCAAGGACUUCUCGAACUCCGCCAUCCAUCUUCCACCAGAUGAGCGUCAAAGAUUUGUCAACCUCUCGAAUGAUAUUAGCCAACUGGGAUCGGACUUUGUCAACGGAGGAGAGCCUGCCAAGUCCCACGUCACAGUCAGCAAGAACAGUCUGCGCGGGCUGGAUCCGGUCGUGGUGCAGCAGCUGGGGAGAUGGAGCAAGGCGUCUAUACCAACAGUGGGAAUGGUUCCUCGUCUGGUGUUGCGGUCAGUCCAUGACGAGGAGACUAGGAAGGAGGUAUAUCUUGCAACACGAACCUCUAGCAAGAAACAGAUCCACCGGCUAGAGCAAUUGUUGCUCAAGAGAGCAGAACUUGCUAAGCUUUCUGGUUACCCUAGCUUUGCACAUAUGACAUUGAGUGACAAGAUGGCGAAGACGCCAGAGGCUGUGUCUAACUUCUUGCUUUCCCUUGUCUCGAGCAACAGAGGACCGGUCCAGGAAGAAUUGGCCCAGCUCCAGAAGCUGAAGGGCGCAUCGCCCUUGCAGCCGUGGGAUCAUCCCUACUACGUUAACCAGCGAGUUUUCGAGUAUUCGCAGGCCCGCAGAUCUCGUGAGCUUAGUAUGAUUCCUGAAUUCUUUUCGCUUGGAACCGUGAUGCAAGGUCUUUCCCGACUAUUUGACCGUCUAUACGGUGUGCGUCUUGUGCCUCAGGAGACGGCUCCUGGGGAAACCUGGAACUCGGAUGUGAGACGAUUGGAUGUCGUCGACGAGUCCGGACGUCACAUUGCUGUGAUAUAUUGCGACCUCUUCACGCGGCCGGAUAAGAGCCCGAAUCCGGCCCAUUUCACGCUACGCUGCUCGCGUGAGAUCUCCCAAGAGGAGAUAACGGAGUCUGCUGCUAUAGAGCAGUCACUGCAUCCUAAUGAUGGAAUGGCCACUGCUCGCGACCCGGAAUCCAAGACCCUGCGCCAACUCCCAACUAUCGCGCUGGUCUGUGAUUUCCCAGAGCCGCCGGCCUAUGGAGACGGCCCUCCUUCACUUCUGAGCGAACAUAGCGUUCGGACACUGUUCCAUGAAAUGGGCCAUGCUGUCCAUUCCAUUCUAGGCCAGACGUCUCUCCAGUCGAUCUCGGGUACGCGCUGCGCUACUGACUUUGCGGAACUGCCCUCUGUGCUGAUGGAGAGUUUCGCCACGGCCCCGGAAGUUCUAUCUCUCUAUGCUCGGCACUGGAAAACCGACGAGCCGCUUUCAGAGAGUAUGAUGCGCAGCAUGGACCUCGAUCGAUCAGCUCAUGGAUCCAUCUACGGCGCCGUGGAAAAUGAAGCACAGAUUCUCAUGGCCUUGGUCGAUCAGGCAUAUCACUCUCUCCCUCCAGAGCAUCAGACCAUUGACAGUACCGCCAUCUAUCACAGUGUAUUCUCUGAGCACUCAAGCCUCCCUGACCCCAAAACCAACCCACCUACUUCGUGGCAGGGUUUCUUUGGCCACUUGUACGGCUAUGGCGCGACGUAUUACAGUUACAUCUUCGAUCGCGCCAUCGCAAACAAGCUCUGGCAGGACGUGUUCAAGGCAGGCGAGGCAGCAGUAGACCGCGAAGCUGGCGAGCGGUACAAGAACGAGGUUCUCCGCUGGGGCGGUGGCCGCAACGGAUGGAAUUGUGUAGCCGGUGUCCUUGGCAGUGACAACCCAUCGAAUGCAGAUGGCCGUCUCGCAGAGGGAGGCGACGAGGCAAUGCGUGAGGUUGGUCGAUGGGGUUUGGGUCGCCAUUAGGGUCAGAAUCUGAUAUAUACCCCCGUUCUCGCUAGAUGUGUACGUAGAAUAAAUAAUGUCCAUACUGACUUAAUGCAAUGAAAUAUAACAU